AUGGAAGGUGAAGAAUUCAAGGUAGAGCAAUUAUUGAAAGAAUUCUUGAUAUUACUUUUCAAGUCUUGCACUUCAUUCCAUAAAAAAACAGAAAAGGGAAUGCUAAAGAAUGUUGUUGUUGCCAAUUGUUUCAUUUUCACAGUACCCACUGACACUGAUCUUGAAGCAAAGAAGAGAUUUAAAAGAGUUGUAAAACAAGUUAUUGAUGAAACAUGCAAAACUUCAAGACCAAUUGAAAUGGAUGAUAUCUAUGUUGUUGAGGAAUAUUCAUUGCUGUUGCGUUUGAAUUCUGACAAACCGAGUACCUUGAUUAUUGAUAUCGGCCAUUUGACAUGUGAUGCACUUGUUAAGAAAAAUGAUGAAAUACUUCAAGUGAAUGGAGAAACAAGAGGAGUUUCUCUCAUCCAUGAAAAGAUUAAGCAGUAUGAUAGUAACUUCGAUCCAAUGGAAGUCAUGAAAAAUUUGUUCGACUAUAGAAGUUCAGCAGAGUUACCUGAAAAAUACGAAGAGUUGAAAACAAUAUUCGAGGAUGGUGUGAAGGAAAUUGCAGAGCCCAUUCUUGAUCUUAUUCUUCAACAUGGUUGCACAGAUGUUGUGAUUUAUGGUGCAUUUAUUUCUCACGACUAUUUUAGAAAGUUAAUUGAGAAGUAUGUGACCAACAUAGAAUUGAGCGAGUAUGUCAACAGACAAUUCAAUUAUCUCAAAGAUGAAUUCAAGAAUCCAAUAAGGACUCCUUUCGAAGUAAGUUGUAAUCCAGAUGGUGGAAGUUCAUUAUUGAAUGGUGCUAGAUGUUUAAUUGAGGAAGCACUUCUUAAUCGUCAAGGUUUACAUCAAUUAGAAUAUGAUAGAAAGGAGCUACCUUGUAUAUCUCGUAUUGGAUUCUGCUCAUUCAACGAAAAGAAGGGGUGUCUUUGUUUUGAUAUUGUUUGUUCACUUUUUGAUGCCUACGUUAAACAAGAUACCGAGGUUUUCAUCAUCAAGUUCAGAAAUACCAUUGAUGCUUCAAAGGUUGAAAACAAUGAAAUCACAAAGCACAACUACAAAAGUGUUGGAAUUAUGGAAUUUGAAAGAUUUUGCGCUCUAGAAAUCAAGUUUAAACCAGACCUUAAAUUAUUCAAAAAGGGGUUUUUCCUUCAUGGAAUUGUAGGUGGAGAUAACCUGAAAAUACUUCUUCAUUAUCAAGAAGCCAACAAACAGUACUUUUGCCAUGCUUUCGACAUUCCAAGAACAGGAAGAAAGGAUAGAAUUCCUGUUAAUGAUAUUGGAAAGGUUUUCGAAAAGGAAAAUGAUUGGAAUACUUGGUAUGGAGCUCCUUAUUACAUUGAGAUGAAUAUUGAGGACAAAGAUAAGUAUAGCACCAUUAGGUCAUCUUACUUAAACCAAAUUAUUAGAGGAAGAGACUGGAAAUUGUUCAAAGAAUUGGAAGGUGGUGAAUUGACGUAUCUUCCUGAGGAAUCAUUAGUAAAUGAAGUUCAGAAAAAGAAGAGACAAAAGUAG